AUGGAACAUAACAGACAGCAGAGAUCAUCCUACACUGCUCUUUCACGAGAUGAACAAUGCUUCGAAUUCGAGAAUAACCAUGAACUUGCAUCACCUCUAACUAAGAUAAACCUCGAUCAAUUUAUUCAGGAUCCGGUAUACCUGCAGUCACAGGAGACACUCCGCUCUUUGCUCUUCAGUACCGCCCAAUCCACGGUGCCAACUAGAGCUCCUAGUCCCGUACAGGAUGGUCAACCCCAUACUAUCUCGUCUCGUGGUAUUUUGUCAAGCAGAAAGAGAAUAGAAUACCUGAAAAACUACGUUGCAGAAGUUGCUCCUUGGCUUGAUAUGUUCGAUAUGCAGCGCACCUUUGGUAUCAAGAUUAUGGAUAUGUCUCAGAACUGCCCUGCUCUAUUCUAUGCUAUCCUGGCUCUUUCAUCAAGGCAGUUGGAACGAAAGAAUGAGAUUCGCGAUGUUUAUGACAGUUUGGAGCUCUACCAGGAAGCAAUUCGCCUUGUUACCCCGCUUCUUCAUGCUAGGCAUCUGGAUGCACUCAUUGUGUGCGUGAUUCUAUGCUGCCUUGAGAUGAUGUCUGCCAGUGCCAAAGACUGGAGGCGGCAUCUUGAAGGAUGUGCGGCAUUAUUUGAUACUUUCAACAUAAAUGGGUUCAGUGGCGGGGUAUUGCAGGCGGUAUUUUGGUGCUACGCUAGGAUGGAUCUGUGCGGAGCGCUCAUCUCUGAUGGCACUGAGAGUACGCUCCUUCGUUUGGAGAAAUGGCUGCCGCCUGGGACGCACGAGAAUAAAGCGCGGAAGCUGUUCUCCGAAGCUGGAUCUAAUGAUAUGUAUGCAAAUUAUGCUGUAUACCUUUGCUCAAAAGUAUGCGAUUUGAUCGCCGAUCGUACGAAGUACACUGAACUCGGUGAAGAUAAUGGCUGUUCCACAGAUGUGUUCGCGGAACGGUGGAUGCGACUAUGGGACGAUCUUCAACUAUGGAUGAGAGAUCGCCCUUCUGGGAUUUGCCCCGUUCAUGAAGCCGAGGGCGAACCAUUCCCACGCGUGUUAUUCGUGCACUGGGGGGCGAUAUCCUCCACUCAACUCAUCCACACUGCAUGCAUCCUCCUCCUCGACAUGACUCCCCAUAAGGCGCGACUUCAAUCGAGUUCCAGCACCUCGAAGCUGUGGCAUGCAAAACAGAUAUGUGGUAUUUCACUGGCUAACCCGCACCACGGAUGCCUAAACAAUGCAUUACAGCCACUGUGGAUUGCUGGGCGGCUUUUUAGCCAUGAGAGGGAGCAUUCUUUAGUGGUGAAACUGAUCCGCAGCAUCGAAGCUACGACAGGCUGGGGGACCUGCUGGCGCAUUUGCGAUCUUGAAUGUACAUGGGGUUAUAUAUAG